AUGUCUCAAACACGCGCCGCCCAAUCCCUCGUCCAAAGUCUCUCUCCUCUCCACCCCCAAUACUCUCCCCGCACCAGAAAGCUCAGCGCUCGCGAAGCUACCCGCGCAUUCGUUUCUAGAGAGGUCAAACACAUGGUCAGAGUAACAAGGGGGAAAACCACUCGGGAGAUCCACAAAAAGGCUUGCAAAGCACGGGAUAUGGAGAGAAAACUCAAGAGUCAGAGGUAUCGGGAAGAUUAUGAGGAUAUUUUUAAAGGGGAGUGA